UAUGUGCGUGCGCUGUACCGCUGUGCAGUGUGUUGUCGAAGAUGUCAAAGAUCUAAUUUAAACUUCAAGCUCUUGUUAUUAUCUGAAACUAUAAUGACAAUUGCUGAAGAGAUAGUAGAAAGGAUUUGAAGAAUUAAAUGUUGUGAUUAAACUAUUUGAUUUUGACAAUGUUGCAUGAGAUCUUGUUGUCACUUUGGGGAUGCUCAACCAGUGUAUCGCAGGUGAUAGAGACAGAUUCUAUAGAUCUUGAUAAGUAUUUACAUCCUGGAGAACGAGCAUUAGUCAAUAAAAUACUGAACAUUGCAAAGGAAUGCAAUGUCGUACGAAAUUUUAUACAUGCAGUAUGCGUUGAGGAUACAAAAGAUGACAUAACAUCUGGCUUAUAUAUACAUGCUUUGUGCGAUGGAAUGGAUCAAGCACUGGAACCAUUUCGUGAAGAAGUAGUUGAGUUGGAGAGUACAGUCUUAAACGACAGGCAUACUUCCCUGUCGUUCAUUCUUUGCAGUAUUGAAAAAUACACUUGUUUAUUCUCCGUUUUGCAUUCUAUCAUUCGCGAGAUUCGUACACAGAAGCUGCAUGGUUGUAAAUUGCUGCAAUGCUUACAUCAGCAGAUGCAUACUGGUAUACCUGAAAUCAACUCCAGUCUGGAAUUGAUGGCGCACUCUGUUCACGUUGUUUUCUACAAGCACUUAACAAGCUGGCUUUUGUAUGGGCAUCUGGAGGACGUCCAUAAGGAGUUCUUCAUACAAAAAGCGGAUUGUGAGAAAAGUGUUGAUUUAAUGAACGAGGAUGGAAAAACCGAUAUCGAUAGACGCGAAUCGAUGGGUAACAAAAAAUUUGACGUCGAUAUGUGGGAUUAUAACAUUCAGAUAGACAUGCUUCCAUCCUAUAUCAGGCCAUCCCUGGCAAACAAAAUCCUGACCAUCGGUCAAACCGUCAUUAUGUUUGGAAAUGAUCCGAGACAAAAGAAAGAUUUCAGCAUGAUGUCUAAGACGGGAAGUUCUGUGUGGGGCAACAAGGAAUACGAAUACUUCAGGAAACUUCAAAAUCUUCAGGCAAAGCUCACUUUCAACAUCGUCGAAUUCGACCGUACGAUUAACGAAUUGAAACAAUGUGUAACGAAACUUCUGUGGCACGUUGCCGUCGAAGAAGCGCAGUUAAUGCAACGGCUCAAGCUGGUGAAGGAAUUUUUUCUCAUGGGACGCGGUGAUUUGUUCUUGGAAUUCAUCAAGCUUACAGCACACAUCCUAAAUAAGACACCAACGAGUCACACGUCUAGAGAUAUUAAUCUCGCGUUUCAAAUAGCACUCAGAAAAAUGCAUCUAAACGAUGAAAGCGCUAUCGAUAGUUUUAAUUUCGUGGUGCCCGUACCAUCCUCCGAGAAUGAGAAUGUUGAUACGAUGGACACCGCCGAUUUUCUCGAUAACGAAAAACGAGAUCCUAACGAAAAACGCGGUUGGGGCAUGAUCAUACUGAAAUACAAAGUUGUGUGGCCAUUGCAUUUGUUGUUUAGUCCAGCCUCGUUGAACGAUUACAAUACUUUGUUCCGCUUUUUGUUGAGAGUUAAGAAGACGCAGAUAGACUUGUGGAAUCUCUGGAGCAACCACAUGCACCACAAAAAUAUUGACAUCGGCGUGAUCCAGUUAAGAAAUAACUUAGUUUUUAUUAUCGAUAACUUGCAGUAUUAUUUGCAAGUGGAUGUGGUGGAAAGUCAGUAUACUGCAAUGGAAGCAAGUAUGAGAAAUACACAGAAUUUCGAAGAUAUACAGAAAGCGCAUUCUGUAUUCUUAGCCAAUGUCAUGUCACAAACGUUUCUAUUAGGCAGCGGAGCAGGGAAAAAAAAUCCUGUGAACAAGUUGAUACAUCUUUUGUUAAGAUUGUGCGAUGAUUUUAUCUUACAAGCAUCCAUGUGGGAAGUCGGUAAUUUGCUCUUAACAGAGAAGGAAGAACUCAAAACAUUAUGUGAAACGCUCGAUUGUGUAAUGGAUUGGUUAACAAAGACAUUAAACAGAGUACGUGCUCAACCCAGUGGAGAACAUUUGACACGAUUAUUACUGAGACUCGAUUUCAACAGAUGGUUCAGUAAAAAGGUUUAAAUAAAAUCAAGUAUCUGUAUAAAGAGAUAUAAGCUGACAAAUCCCUUCUCGAAAAAAGGACGGCGAUUUUGAGGCGAUGAAAGCGUCGAUGCAUUUUCGGACUUCUUCCACGCUCUUAAAGUGUUCAUCAGCUAGAUGCUGUUGCAGCGAUCGGAAUAGAUGG